AAAGUUAUUUUUUUUUAUUUCCGUUUUCUAAAUUUUUCUUGUGAAAAUUUGUAUUUUAGUUUAGAGUUUUGAUUUUAUUGUGAAACAAUUUUAGAAAUGAAUUUUUGCUCGGUUCCCUAUGAAGCUGAUUUCGGCAUGAAUGCAGAAGCCAAUAAGAUGAUGAACAUGUCCGCUCAAAUGGGCAUGCAACAGAAUGGUGGACAGGGCCAGGGCCAAGGGUCUGGUGGCAUGCCCAUGUCCAUGGGGCCAAUGAACCAGCCCCAGAUGAACCUACCCCCGAUGCAGAUGCCGCCCAUGUCCACCGGUCAGAUGUCCUAUCCGAUGCAGGGCAGCGGCAUGCAGCCUCUGCCCUUGGGCAUGAUGCCGUCGGGCAAUGGCAUGACCCCCCUGGGCACCAUGUCCUCGCACCUGCCCAUUGGCGCCGUGACGCCGCUGAACAGCAUGACCAUGGUGCCGAUGAUGGGCAAUUCGAUGGGCACCAUCGAUGCCCCGGGCGUAAACGCUGUCAUAGCGGAUCUUCAGCCCAUGUCGAGUAUGCAGCAAAUGUCCUCCAUGCCCCAGAUGGGUGGCAUGGCGCAGAUGGGUGGCAUGCACCAGAUGUCCCAAAUACCUCAGAUGUCGCAGAUGCCGCCGAUGCAGCCGUUUACCCAAAUGCCGCAAAUGCAACACCAAGGACGUCUCACAGGGGGCGGCAGCGGCGGCGGCGGCGGUGGAGCUGGUUUAGCCUCCAAUUGCAGUCAGAGCCCGGGAAAUUGGAGCUGCAGCCAUGGCAACAGUCAACCCAUGAUGAGCAACAAUAUGUGGCAGUACAGCGGGAAUCCCUCCCAACAACAACAGCAGCAGCUACUGCAGCAACAACAGCAGGUGCAGCAGCAGCAAGCCCAGCAAAAUCAUCAGCGCAUGAAAUCGCAAUACGAAAUGAUGAACAACAACUACCGGGAUGUGCGCAAUGGCCUAAACUCACCAAACAUGUUUUCACUUCGGGACACCAAGGGCAACACUUCAUUUAAUUCUGGCAAAUCAAUGAACAAGGUCUGGCGUUGAUGAAACAUUGCUAUGAUCCCCCCAAUCCACACUUUUUUGUAACAUUUUAAAUGUUUGGAGCAUCAGUGGAUGCAAUGUACACACAUCCUGUCUUGUACAGUCUCCUCCGCAAGCAUUAACAACAAUAACAAC